UAUAUUUUCAGUAGUUUAUUAGUGCAGUAUGGCAGACAGUUCAGAUGAAGAUGUUAAUCAACAUCCGGCAAAGAUUGCAAAAAAGAAUUCAUCUGAGAAAAGAUUAAUUGUUGUUUUAGAAAAUGCUUCAUUGGAAACCAUCAAAGUUGGGAAAGUUUUCCAGUUGCUGACAGCUGAUCGGCAAAAGAAAGAAAAAGGAAUUCAGAAAGAUCGAAAGACAGUUGCUCGACCGGACAUUACUCAUCAAUGUUUACUCAUGCUUCUAGAUAGUCCCUUAAAUAGAGCUGGAAAGUUGCAAGUUUACAUUCACACAGAGCGUAAUGUCUUAAUUGAAGUCAGUCCAUCUACUCGAAUUCCUAGGACAUUUGAUAGGUUUUGUGGACUGAUGGUUCAGCUUCUUCAUAAGCUAAGUAUUCAUGCUGCUGAUGGGCCACAAAAACUUCUGAAAGUUAUAAAGAAUCCAGUAUCAGACCAUUUCCCACCGGGUUGUAGGAAAUACUGCAUGACAUACAAUGCUCCUAGAUGUGUCAGACCCAUAGAAUUAGUGACAGAUGAGCCUUGUGUCAUGGUAAUUGGGGCCCAAGCUCAUGGCUCAGUUAAUGUUGAGUACUCAGAAGAAAAUGUUGGUAUUAGUAAUUACCCACUUUCGGCAGCACUAACAUGCACUAAGUUGUGUGAUGCUUUCGAGCAAGCUUGGGGUAUUUUGUAGAACUUCUUUUCUUAUUUAAAGAGUUUUGGUACUUUAAUUUAAAUACAUGAUAUUAACUUAUUGACUGUUGACAGGUACAUGAUAUUAUACAACUACUUUGUUAUUAAUUUAUUGAUGGUUGCUAGCCUGCAAAGA